AUUGAGUUAUUAGCUUUAUGUCUUACUACUCUAUUGUUUUGUACAAAAGAGAUGAGAGAGAGAGGUAGAGCGAGAACGAGAGAAGGCGACCGACGGGCACGGGCUAGGAAGACGGCACAGAGUAAAGAGAAUGGUAGAUCUCAGCAGAGAAAUUGUCAGAGAAGGAGGUUACCAGACCAGCUAAGGGAGAUGCAGUAUGAGCAGAAUCAGACGUCUGAAAGGAAGAUAGGAGACUCUUACGACUGGGGAGUGUACAAACAAGCGACACCCUAUUUUUUCACAAACUUCCCAGAAGAAUGGACAUAUGAAGACAUGUGGAGAACAUUUCUGAAAUACGGGAGGGUUUAUGCCAUUUACAGUCCAAAGAGAAGAAGCAGAAAUGGUGGCAGGUUUGGCUUUGUCAGAUUUCUUGAUGUGAAGAACAGAAAAGAGCUGGAAAGAAAAUUAGAUAAUAUCUGGAUUGGGGAUUGCAAAUUGUGGGUUAACGCUCCAAGAUACGAAGACAAUCAGCAUGUAGGGAAGGAAAUAAAAUCCAGACCCAUUUCGGAGCCUCACGCACAAACCAGGAGCUAUGCAGAAGUCCUGAAAGGGCAACACUCGAACAGGCAAGUAUGGCAAGAGAAAGGAAGGAGUGAUACAUGGGCUGGGUUUGAAUACAACACGAGUCAAGAGGAUACUGCAUGGCUGGAGGGUUGUUAUGUGGGCACAACUCAUUCGGUUGAAAUGGUUAGGAACCUGCAGGAAAAAUUCUACAUGGAAGGGUAUUUCUCCUGUAGAAUUCGAGCGAUGGGGGGUAGACUGGUCCUAAUGGACUGUGAGGAUAAGGAUGAGUUGAAAGACCUGGUAGAAUCAGCAUCGGAGUGGCUGGGCCAAUGGUUCGAGAAGGUGUGCCCUUGGACCCCAGAUCUGGUAGCGGAAGAAAGAUUCGUUUGGAUCAAAUGUCAAGGCGUACCGUUAAAUGUCUGGGGGCCUAAAUUCUUUGCUUCGAUGGGGAGCUCAUGGGGCAAGUUCAUUUGUCUUGAUGAUAGCACAAGUCAAAGGAGGAGGUUUGACAUAGCUAGAUUUUUAAUUUUGACUCCAGUUAUGAACUCCAUUUCAGUGACGAGACAAAUCAAAAUCGACGGGUCCGUUUAUAAGCUCAAGUUCACAGAGGAGGAAUUCACCAAUAGUUUCUUCUCUUUGAAACAGGACUUCAUCCCCCACUUUAGCAGCGACUCAGAGGAACAAGAAACAUGGUCGAUGGAUAGUGAGAAGGAGGACAGUGCUAGUAAAGGUGCAGGGGAGGAAGAACAGGGGAUGGACGGUGCAGCCGAGAAUGAGGAAGAUGACGAUGACGUGGCAUGCAGUAAAAGGGAGUCGUACGAUUCGGAUCUUAGAAACGGUAUGCAGCAGGAGGGGUCUGUUGAGAAGGUGGCGGACAGCCUGGAGCAGAUUCAAAUUUCAAACAAUGGGAAAAUCAGUUUAAGCGAAGAAAAGGGGACACAGCAGGCGGGAAAUAGAGAUAAGGUCGGGCAGCCGGCCAAAGCUGGAAGAAAGAGGAUGGGCUUUCAAAAGGGACCUAAGUCGGGCCUUUAUGGGAAGCCCAACACACAAAAGGACAGCCCAUGCUAUGUGGAUUCUUCAAGUGUGGGGUUGGGUAUUAAUGAAGGGUAUGCAAAGUCAAAAUCAGACAUUGAAUCGGAGAAUUUGAGAGAAAGGAAAGCUGCCCUUUCUUGCAGCGAAGAUGAACAGCAGCAAGAAGAUAAAGGAGAUCCCAGCGGGCAGGAUCGCGCAAGUGCAAGGGAACAGGCCAGAAAAACAGGGGAAGGAAUCCAGAGUGGGAAACGGCGUGAAAGGCAAAAGAUGAAAGUAAAGAAGGGACAGGGGGUGCCGAAAUUCAUGGUGAGCCCAGAUGGAGAGGUUGCGGGUGAAUCGGUUGGUGACAGUGGGAUCGAAAAUUGCAACCGAGCUUUGAGGAAGCAGUUGCAAAAUCAGUUGGCAAAAGAUAUAUGGGAUUUAGCUAAAAGACUAGGCGCCACAGCAGAAAACGAAGAGGAGAUCCUGCAGAAAAUAGAAGAAAUGGAGGGCAGAGAUAGACAAGGCAAAGAAGAUAUGGUGAAGAGAGUGGCAGUAGACGCUAAGAAGACAGAAGUGAUUGAGGGGAAACAUUUCACGGGGGUGUUUGGGUUGUGGGGGGAGGAUCAGACGCCUAUUCACAUUCUAAAUAUAUACUCUCCUUGCCAUCUUCAAGGAAAAAGAGUACUAUGGGAGGAGCUGGGCAAGCUGAUCACCUCUAAAAGAGGCAAUUGGGUUUUGGGGGGGGAUUUCAAUGCAGCAAGAACAGUUGGGGAUAGAGCAGGAUGCAGUGGGAUAACCAGGGAGAUGAGGGAGUUUGAUAGCUUUAUCCAUGUCACAGGGCUGGUUGAUUUACCAUUGGCGGGUAGAAAAUAUACCUGGCACAGUGCAAAUGGUCAGCAUAGGAGCAGGAUAGAUAGGUUUUUGGUUUCGGAAGAAUGCCUGCAAAAGUGGAAUGACUUAAAACAAUGGGGACUGGGAAGAACAGUUUCAGAUCAUUGUCCAUUACUUUUGAAAAAUGAAAAGAUAGAUUGGGGUCCAAAACCUUUUAAGUUUUUUGAUGCUUGGUUGGAACAUCCUGAUUGCAAGGAAGUAAUUAGCAAAGUGUGGAAAUCUGUAGAGGUGAAGGGGUGGAAGGGGUUCAGACUUAAGGAAAAGCUGAGAGAAACAAAAAAAGCCCUGAAGCAAUGGAGUGCUAAUCACACAGAUGAAGUUGACAGAAGAAUAAUUGAAGCAGAAAGGAUCAUAGCUGAAAUGGAUGAAAAAGAAGAGCAUAGCCAACUCUCAGAAGUAGACAUUGAGAAUAGAAGGAAUGGAUUCCUGGAUCUUUGGAAGAACAUGAAGAUUCAAGAGAGUAUGUGGCAGCAAAAAUCCAGAAAGAUGUGGUUGAAGGUGGGGGAUGCAAACUCAAAGUUUUUUCAUAGAAGUGUAAAGGGCAGAUGGAGAAGAAACGAAAUCAACAGCAUUCAGAUAAGGGGAGAUCAAUGUAGAGGUGUAAAUGAGAUCAAGGAAGGUGUGAUGAAUUAUUUCAAGGGGUUAUUCUCGGAAGAAGAGUGGCAGCGACCAAAGUUAGACGGUGUCAGCUUCAAACAGUUAGACGAAGCAGACAAUGAUUUUUUGACGGCCACUUUCUCAGAAGAGGAUAUUAAAAACGCAGUGUGGGAUUGUGACUCAUUUAAGUCCCCUGGGCUGGAUGGCUUUAAUUUCAGGUUUAUAAAGGCAAUGUGGGAGGAAAUAAAACAGGAUGUCAUUGGCUUCGUGCAGGAAUUCCACGAGCAUGGCAAGCUGGUCAGAGGCUCCAACUCCUCCUUCAUCGCCCUGAUUCCUAAGGUUGAAAAUCCCUAUAGAAUUGAAGACUACAGACCUAUAUCACUCAUUGGAGUCAUGUAUAAGAUCCUAGCUAAGCUACUAGCAAAUCGCCUCAGGAAAGUUCUUGACAAGAUCAUCGGGGAGCAGCAGAUGGCAUUCAUAGAAGGUAGACAGAUGAUGGACGGAGUGGUGAUUGCAAACGAGGUGAUUGAUGAGGCAAAAAGGAAGAGGAAGAAGAGUUUUCUUUUCAAAGUUGAUUUCGAAAAAGCAUACGACAAAGUUAGCUGGGAUUUUAUUGAUUAUAUGCUAAUGAGGACGGGUUUUACAGUCACUUGGAGAAAUUGGAUAAAGGAGUGCCUACAAUCAAUAGCAGAAGGGCUUAAUGGUUUAAUGCAGUCUGCCACUGAGAAAAACUUGUACAGAGGAGUAAGGAUUGGAAACGGGAACCUGUUAGUAUCUCACCUCCAAUUCGCAGAUGACACUCUGUUUUUUGGAGAGGCUUCGGAGGAAAACAUUCAAGCAAUAAAAAGUAUCAUGAGGACCUUCGAAUUGGCGUCGGGACUGAAAAUCAACUUUGGCAAGAGUCAGAUAAUGGGGGUCGGGACUGAGGAGGGUUGGAAAGAGAGGAUGGCUUAUAGACUGUGUUGCAAGGCGGGAGAUCUUCCUUUUAAGUAUUUGGGUACUCUAGUUGGAGGGAAUCACAGAAGGAUAGCAAUGUGGCAACCACUGGUGAAUUCCUUUAAAAAGAAACUUGCUAGCUGGAAAGGGCAAAACUUAUCUUUGGGGGGUCGUAUCACUCUCUUAAAUUCUAUGCUGUCUAGCCUUCCAGUGUACCUGAUGUCAGCCUACAAAAUCCCUAAAGGUAUUCUCUUCUCUUUAGAUAAAAUACGCAGGAAUUUUUUAUGGGGAGGGAUGGGGGAGAGGAAAAAAAUCAGUUGGGUCAAUUGGGAGAGGGUAUGCAGGAGUAAGGAGAAUGGUGGUCUAGGAGUGAAGGACUUGAGGAAAUUCAAUAUAGCGUUGUUGGGUAAAUGGUGGGGGAGGUUAGCAAAAGGGGAAGAUGGGUUAUGGAGCAAAGUGAUAUCUAGUAAGUACGGAGAGAAUGGAGGGCAUUGGCUGGAUUGGGUAAGGGAUAGGAGUGGUGGAGGUUCAAUAUGGUGGAGAGACAUCCAAAAUUUAAAUGCUGGAGAUGGGGGGAAUGCAGGAUGGCUUACGGAGGGCUUUAGGAUUAAGGUCGGUGAGGGGAAAAGAGUGAGCUUCUGGUGGGAUGAGUGGUGUGGGGAGAUCUGCUUGGCUAAUAAAUUUCCUAGAUUGUACAUCUUGUCUACAGGCAAAGACAAAGAAUGCUUUCAAAUAGGAAGGGCUCUCAAUGGGACAUGGAGAUGGAACUUGACAUGGAGAAGAACCUUGCAUCAGUGGGAAGAAGAGACUGCAAAAGAACUUCAAAAUAUGAUCGAGAAAUUGCGAAUAUCCCCAGGGAGCGCAGACAAUUGGAAGUGGAUACACAGCCCUGACGGAGAGUACUCAACAGCAACAGCCUACGCAUUAUUAACAAAACAGAGGAGGGAAGAGGAGGAAGCAGAAUUGCAUAAAAGAAUAUGGAACCCUAGCAUUCCAUCUAAAGUGGCGGCUUUCAACUGGAAGGUAUUACUCGAUAGAAUCCCAACCAAGCUAAAUUUGUUGAAACGUGGGGUCAUAAAGGAGGAGGAGGAAAGGAAAUGUGUUCUGUGUGAACAAGAAGAGGAAGAUUCCAGCCACUUAUUCUUGAAAUGCAAAAUUGUCAAAUGGCUAUGGAGAGCUUGCGCAAACUGGUGGGGCAUCAAGGUAGAACUUCAAAAUGAGUGCAAGAAGACGUUUCAGCUCUUUGGUGUUUGGACCAAAAAGUCUCAUAAAAGAGAAGGGUGGGACUGUAUUUGGAGCGCAGUUAUAUGGAGGGGUUUGAAAGAUGGUAGUAACACUAAUAGUGCUUAUUUCUGCAAACUGAGAGGUUUGGUUGAUGUUCAUGUAAAAGGGUUUGGGUACCCCUUGUACUCAGGAUAGUAAUGAAACUUUUGCUGUUCAAAAAAAAACUCUAUUGUUUUGUAUUAUAAUUGUAAUUGUAAAUUUUUAUUAUCUUUUACCAUUCCAAAAUAAUAUAAAAAUUAUUUAAAAAU